AUCCAGCGCUGCUGAAAGAGACAAAUGGCUCUUUCCCAUUUCCUUAACCCCCUCUUCUCCCCACAGCAGCUACAUCCGACCGCAAUGCAACGACAACUUGGGAUACAAACGGAUGGAUCCUUUCCCUCUCUCGGGGUUGAUCUACUACUUCAGCUAGAAUGGAAUGGGUUACCUUUUCUUCGCCCCACCAUUGCCUUUUAUUUCUUCCGAGUCGUAAAGGAGAAAGGGGAAAACACCGCCUGCCUUCUUCUUGUCCUUGCCAUUUCUGGUAUCUUCUUGGGUGGGUUGGUAUGCACACUUCUCUUCAUCUCAGUUUUAAAAAAAGGAAAGAGGAGAGAUCAUCAUGGUGAGAGGGAAGAGGGAGAUGAAGCGGAUAGAGAACGCAACGAGCCGGCAGGUGACCUUCUCGAAGCGGAGGAAGGGGCUGCUGAAGAAGGCCUUCGAGCUGUCGGUGCUUUGCGACGUGGAGGUCGCGCUCAUCAUCUUCUCUUCCGGGGGCAAGCUCUACGAGUUCGCCAGCUCCAGUAUGCUAAGUGCAAUCGAGCGCUACAGAGCACAUUCAAGAGAAGAUAGCAUCAGCACAAAAAUGGAACAAGAUAUCGAGGGAGGGGAAUAUGAAGCAGCAUGGAUAUCAAAGAGGAUUGAACUUAUUGAAGCCUCUAAACAGAAACUGUUGGGCAAAAAUCUAGGGUCAUGUUCGCUCGAUGAACUGCAUGAGUUGGAGGGCAAGCUAGAAGAAAGCUUACACAGUAUAAGAGAGAGGAAGUAUCGUUUGCUACAAGAGCAGAUGGCACAGCUCAAAGAGAAGGAGAGAUCCUUAACCAAGGAGAAUGAAUCACUGCGUGAAAAGUAUCUGAAGUGCAAGGGACUGGCUAAAUCUCCAACUGCUACUUUAGGGGAAGGUGUAGCCCACAAUGGAGCUGUUCAACAUAGCGAUGUAGAGACAAAGCUGUGCAUUAGAUGUCCAGGAAGAGGAACAUACACUUGAUCAGCAACUACAGGCCUUAUUCCUUUCUCAGCUGAUGUUGCUUUCCUUAUUUCGAAUUCAGGAAGAUUUUAAAGAAAUUAAUCGACUGAAUAACUAAAUUCUGCCAGUUUUAAUGGAAAGAAAUUUAGCCCUU